AUGGUGGAUCCCAGUGGCAACGAAUCCAGUGCCACAUAUUUCAUUCUAAUAGGCCUGCCAGGAUUGGAAGAAGCUCAGUUCUGGUUGGCCUUCCCGUUGUGCUCCCUUUACUUUAUCGCCGUGCUAGGUAACUUGACAAUCAUCUACAUUGUGUGGACGGAGCAUAGCCUACACGAACCCAUGUAUAUCUUUCUUUGCAUGCUUUCUGGCCUUGAUGUCCUCAUAUCCACCUCAUCCAUGCCCAAAAUGAUGGCCAUCUUCUGGUUCAAUUCCACUACCAUACAGUUUGAUGCUUGUCUGCUACAGAUGUUUGCCAUCCACUCCUUAUCUGGCAUGGAGUCCACGGUGCUGCUGGCCAUGGCCUUUGACCGCUAUGUGGCAAUCUGCCACCCACUACGCCAUGCCACUGUGCUAACAUUGCCUCGUGUUACCAAGAUCGGUAUGGCUGCUGUGGUACGGGGUGUUGCACUUAUGGCACCCCUGCCUUUCUUCAUCAAACAUCUGCCCUUCUGCCGCUCCAAUAUCCUUUCCCAUUCCUACUGCCUACACCAAGAUGUCAUGAAGCUGGCCUGUGCUGACAUCCGCGUCAAUAUCAUCUAUGGCCUCAUUGUCAUCAUUUCUGCCAUUGGCCUGGACUCACUUCUCAUCUCCUUGUCAUAUCUGCUUAUCCUCAAGACUGUGUUGGGCUUGACACAUGAAACCCAGGCAAAGGCAUUUGGUACUUGUGUCUCUCAUGUGUGUGCUGUUUUCAUAUUCUAUGUACCUUUCAUUGGGUUGUCUAUGGUGCACCGGUUUGACAAGCGGCAUGACUCCCUCCUGCCUGUCAUCAUGGCCAACACCUAUCUGCUUGUUCCUCCCGUGCUCAACCCUAUUGUCUACGGAGUGAAGACAAAGGAGAUCCGGCAGCGUAUCCUUCGUCUUUUCCAUGUGACCACCCACACUUCUGAUCCCUAG